AUGGUUAGUCUUCCCAGUGUUCGUCGCAACGGUGCCUUGCCAAGUGUUGUCUAUCCCUUCAAGGGAAUCCUUCACUUCCUCCACCACCCUCGCCGCAUUGCUGGUCCGAUUCUCUUUUCGGCUCUCAAGUCGAGUGUUCUCAGUUUGCUUGCAGUUAUUCCACUCUUCAAAUAUGGCUUCAGUGCCCAAUCCCACUUAAUCUCCAAGAUCUAUCUGCUGGUUGUACCCGAAGCCAGUUUCCCUUGGCUAAUCCAUGCCGGUGCCGCAAUCGCAAGUGGGUUCCUGUGUGUGUUUGAGGCAUUCGGUAUCAUGUCCCAGAUUCACAUCCAUAUCGUUGGAUCUUAUCCCGACCGCUUUUUUGAGAGCGUUCUGGUGGAGCGCAACAUUAUCCCUCCACCUGCCACCGCAAGUGCCAGCCAGGACCCUCCUUAUGAGGACAUUGAUGGAACCAAGCCCAAGGUCCACAGUGUCAUCUCACCUGUUGGUAUGAUGCUUGGUGCUGCCAAGGAAGACCAGUCCUGGGGAGAGUUUUUUGUCCGUCCUAUUGUGUACCUGGUUACACUGCCAUUGUCGGUGGUCCCCAUGGGUGGUCCUGUCCUGUUUAUUACCAUCCAGGCCUUGUUCAGAGGUGGCGAGUCGCACAAGCGUUACUUUGACCUCUACCACUGGAAUAACAACCAAAGACAGGGUCGUAUCGAGAGAGAGUUCUGGAAAUACCAAUUCUUUGGUAUGGUUGCCAGUGCAUUGGAAAUGAUUCCCUUUGCUGGCUUCGUCUUUGGUUUCACCAGUCAAAUUGGUGCUGCAAUGUGGAUUGCUGACUUGGAAGAGGGUGAUGAUAAGUUGGCUUAAGCUACUUCUUUAUCUAUUUAUUUAUUUAUUUAUUUAUUUAUUGAAUUUAUCCUCUCUCACAUACAAAGACAUACGCACACACAUUUAUAUAUCUUUUACAUAUCCAUUUACCUUUUUUACCUUUUUACUUACCUUUACUAUUAUACGAUAUCCCAUUGUAACUUAUACAUAUUUAUUACCCAUUAAAACAAAGCACCACAAAUAUAGGAUAUUCUUUUUUAUUUUUUAAUAAAUAAAACAUUAAAUAUAAGUAUACAU